GGAAUUCUUAAAAUGCUUAAUAAACAAGCAUUAAUUGAAUUCAUUAAACAGCCCGUUAAAUGGGAAAUGAUUGUUUAUCUUACAGAAAAGGCAAAUGGGGUUUUGCAAUGUGUUCCAAUAAGUCAGAAUUCAAAAUAUAAUACGGAGCUUUCGUAUCGCAAUUUUCCUACAUUAGAACAUUUUAUUUCUAGUCUUUGUGAACAGUCUAAUGUUCAAGUACCUACACUUAUGUCGUCUUUAGUUUAUCUUGAGCGUUUACGAUGCAAACUUCCUCGUGUUGCAAAGGGGAUGAUGUGUACAUGUCAUCGGGUUUUUCUUGCGUCUCUUAUUUUAGCUGCAAAAUAUCUUAAUGAUUCUUCUCCCAAAAAUAAGCAUUGGGCAAAAUAUACGAACCAUUUAUUUUCAUUAACUGAGGUCAAUCUUAUGGAGAAGCAAUUGUUAACACUUUUAGAAUGGGAUCUUUCAAUUACAGUAGAAGAUUUGUAUAAGGUUUUAGCACCGUUUUUGGUGCCUAUUAAACAUGCAAUUGUCGCAUGGCAGACAGUGCGAUCGGAACAGUAUAUGUCACCAUCAUUAUCUUAUUUGAUGUAUCCUCCAAUUUCAUAUACUCCACCAAAAUCUCCUAUUUGGACUAAAAGAUUGUCGUUAACGAGUUCUCCUGCAACCAUGCCGUCUCUUUCAUCAUCAUCUACUGUUUCCAGUUUAGCAGAAAGUCCUGAUGAGUCGUUUAUAACAGUUCCUAGCAUGCAAAAUUCAUUGAAAACUUCUAGAAGACAACUUUAUCAGCAAUAUUUGAAAGAGCAAGACUUUAAUCCUUAUAAAGGCUAUAUACCAUCUUCUGAAUAUUAUACUUAGUUUAAAGAUAAUGCAUGAAUAAUGAUUUGGAUGUUUUAUAUUUUGAGAUAUUUUUUCUGGUUUUACUAUAUAUGGACAUUUAAUUGAUUUAAGGCUAUCUAAAGUGGG